AGUAAGGACACAAACAUUGGGCACACGUGUCGUGCUCUGUUCACUGCUGGGCAGGGCAGAAUCAGCUGCUGUCUAUCACUGAAGACGCGUUUGUCUAUGCCUCAAUUGACAAAGAGUUCAGCCGCUAUGCGCGUCUAUCCACCUCUAAAUCGCCUAGUACCUCGAGAUCGUCGGCUACUGGUCGUAGGGCAUCCUCGGUUUUUUCAAUAGGGAUCAAAUUGGAAUGUCAUGUAUCAAGAGCUGCAGGCAGCUCUGCACUGGCCAAUUUCCACGCUCACUCUUCCAGCAGCCUUCGCGAGCACCUCCAUAGCAGCUCCAUGUCUUGUUCAAUCAAAUAAACGGAUCCUCAUUCCAUCCUUCUCAAUCUCGCAACGUCUAUUAGUGUUCCGCCUCCACUCUCCUCUUCAUCAGAUAAGCCCUUCUCGUACACUUCACCAUCUGAGAUGCAACACAAUGACAUGGCCGAGGCUACGCCGGCCCUAGGCAACACAAACACUGUAGCCUCUGAAGCAGCAACAACUUCCACUUUGGACCUCAGCUGCAAUGCUUUCAAUGCACCCGCUCAUCUUCCCACAGAGAUCAUCCUCCUGGUCCUCAUUCACCUAGACCAUCUCACACUUCUUAACGCGGCUGCGACCUGCCGGCGCUGGUAUGCCCUCACCCAACGAUACCGCCAAUUUCUCUGGAGACAUCUAGCCUGGAGGGAUUUCUCCUUCACCGCUGCUCGUGGGCUGUGGAAACUGGAGUUCCUCAAAGACCGUGACCUGCGUCUUUGCUUUCCGCUCUCUGCUAUGUUAGCAGAGUCCGCCGAUUGCAAUGAUCUGUCUUCGCACACCAGUGGCGACAAGGAACGCUUGCGGAGGUGUUCAUUAUGCACUUCUUGCACGGCACGGCAUCGAGACGAUGCAAGCCAGCUGGGCACAGCAACGUCGGCGAGCACAUCUUCGCGUAUCGGUCCGAACUUAGGGACCGAUACUGAGCAUGACAGCAUCGCGGAGUGCGAGUCAGGACCCGGUCAGUACGGAGACGGGGAUAAAAUCUCGGCAACCUCUUCCAACACUUGCACCUGCGUACGACUAGCAGACCCGAAGGGCAAGCGGCGUGCAGACGCUCUCUACCAACAUCAGCCAGACCAUGAAGAAGACUCUUUGAAUACUUUGGACGCGAUCAAUCAUGAAGGCGAGGACUGGAUCUUGGGGGAUCAGGAGCAGGACUGGAGAGCUCUCUACCGACUGACCAGUAAUUGGUACCGCGGUCGCGCUAAAGGGUACUGUCCACUCAUGCUCCCAUCACUCACUACCCUUACUUCUGCAACGCAGACCCUCUCAGAGAGCCCAUCAGUGUCGUCCUCUUCAGCAGGAACGAGAUCAUCUUCAAGGUCGAGAUCAACCUCUGGACGGAUUUUGUCGACGCCAGCACAUCGUGCUAUCCGGAGGAUACUGGGCAAGCGGCGACCUAUGGCAGUUGUUGGACUUCAGCAUGAAGGAUCGGCACUGACGGCGUUGAGUUUGGCCAGCUUUCCCACGCGUCAUCUCGAUUCAACAGGAUGCAGUGAUGAGAUGAUGAGAACAGGGUCCCGCCCGAAGAGUCGCCAGGCGGCAUUGAUACGAUCCAAUCCUCAUUAUCGCGACAAAUUGCCUUCUGGAGCUGAACAUGGAGUAGGCUCUCAAACGAACCGUCAAACACCAAAUAUCAUGGCGCAGGAUCCAGAGGAGCAUGAUCGGGUUGUCUUUGCCAUCCGAACGGCUUCAGCGCUGAAAUUCAACAAAGACAGUAGCAACAAUAUUGGUGGCGGUGGUGAUGAAUCCGGUUCGACUGCAAAUGCUACCACGACAAUAACAGAGCAGCUGCAGCACGACGACCAGUUGAAUCCACAGGGCUUUCCCUCAUCUUUGGAAACACUGCUCUCUCCACCUCUGGGACAUCAGAUGAGCGAAGACUCUGCGAACGAUAUCUUGUGCCACUAUUCCUCGCCCUUGCAUUCGUUUCUUGUUACAGGGCACAUGGAUGGAGGAGUGCGGCUAUGGGAUAUGUCCAUUCAGGAGCCGGGGCAACAAUGUAUCCGUCAUUGGCAGACAGGGGCGCGUCGCAGAGUUCUUUGUGUUGGCAUGAACUCCAGGGUCGUUGUCUGCGGCAACGCUGACUCUACGCUGUGUGUUUGGGAUAUCCACCCUGACCCGAACUCGUCACUGUCUUCGCAUGGCACCAUACACUCGGCAUCUUAUCUCGCCUCAACUGCUACACCAGGUUUAGACGAGUGGGUUUCCGGAAUCGAGCAUAUAUGUGUCGGUGAUUCGCUUGUUGCCUGUUCUACAGAAUUCUCAGGGUCGGUACUUGUCUUCUCACUCGCUACUGGAAGUCUGGUCUACGAGAUCCCUGGGCUUUAUCAGCCAUCAAAGAUGUGUAUGACAGACUUUUUUUUGUUGACAGGAGGUCGAGGACCAUGGAACCAAGGAGGCAGCAUGAUGACUCGCCUUUCACAGCAAAAUGGGCAGCAUGAGCACGAGGAUGCUGGACACGAUGAGGACGUGGCGGGUCAACAACGGUGGCGGGAUGGGAUAGCAAUGGACAGUGACGACAAUAUGAGCUGCUGUAUCAAUGUCUGGGAUCUCAGAACAGGCGACCGACUUUACUCGCUGACCCCCAGAUUGCCAAUGCACCAUCUCCAGCAGACAAGAAAUAUCGUCUCUAUACUCAGCGACCCUCAGCCAAGUAAUGUGAGACAUUGGAAGACGAGGAGUUCGAACACCGAACACUAUAUACGGACAGCGACUCGCUCCCCUGAUAUUACUACAAUUCAGCAUAAUAUGGGAUCUACGGACUCCGGGCAUACUUCAUUCGCAUCAAGCCGGCAGCAGCGUGGAAGUAUUAAAUCCCGGCUACAUACAUCCCAGUCGCCUCAGAGUCCUAUUUCGGCACCAUUAACCUUGCUGGACAUUACGGUCACCCCUGAUCACACAACCCUCGUUGCCACGCUAUGCGAACGCUCACACGAGGGAAGGGAGGGAGUCUACUGUUGGGACUUUAAUGGGUCGCGGCUGCAGGGGUACCACGAACAAGGGGCUGAGAUGUCGACUAUGAUCAUAGACAAGUACGAUAUCGACUACGAAGAGGGGGAGCAUGGCGGAUCCAAUGAUGAGAUAUUAGAUCAGGAAAUAUCUCAGAACGAUGAAGACGAAACGGAUGAGUGGAGUGGGGAUUCAGGCUGCGAAGGAAGGUUUAACAACAACAUGGUGAUGCAACAGGUCGACGCAUCAGUAUUCAGGAAUAUGCAUCAGGCCCGGAUCACGGGCAAGGUUUGGAUCGGCUGGAGGCUAGACGAGAACGAGUUCCGGAGACUCAAGGUGGCUUACCGGCGGCGAACGCUAGAAAGAAGGCGAAGAAGAAAAGAGAUGGGGAUCGAAUCCCUCACGGAUGCAUCACUUGUCCGGCCUGAUAUUGCAGACUCUAUGGUCCAUGUCUCGCUGAGGUAGUGGGAAUUGGAGCAAAACAGAAGCAGUACUCUAUGUGCUUAGUGCAACAUUUCUACCAGCAAAUAUAUAUAUUGAAUGACGCUAUGCCUUUGAUCCUAUCGCUUGUCCAGGAAGGCUGUGCUAGAACUUUGGUCUGGCUGAGCUGCCCUGUGUUCUCUUGCAAAAUGUCCUGUUUUCGGAGAAGCAAGUGCACCAGUAUUAACAUCUACUGCGCUACCACCGUUAUAAGAUGUUCGAAGUAGUCCUUGUUGGCAAGAUGGCGAUAAAUCUCACGGCCAUUAUUUCAAUGCACCCGUGGAUUGUGCUAUGCCAAUAGGCGCACAAAGUUAGAGGCAGGUGUUGUAUGUUAUGAAGUUGGACUGAGGAUCAAGAUGGCUAGGCGCUGCAUAAGAGACAUC